AUGAGUCAAUACUCCGCCUCAGUCCCCAGCGACAACCAAGUCAAACCCGCCAUAGCCUCCUUCUUUGAACAAUUCUACCAAACAUCAGACAGUCCCACCGGCCAUGAACAAUAUGCCGAUGCAUUCACCAAGGAUGCCAAAUUAAUCAUGGGUUUGAAUGAAGUGAGCGGUCGGGAAGCAAUCAUUAAAUUGAGACAUGCAAUGUGGGAGAAAGUAGCCAAACGAUCCCAUAACCCCACCAAGAUCUUCUCCUUUGGUGCCAACUCCAACGAUGUCAUGCUCUAUGGCACCGUUGGGUAUGAGCUCAAGGAUGGGAAGAGUACGACUGUGGACUGGGCUGCUCGAGCACACUUUGUAGAGGACGGAGGGUCGUUGAAGAUGGAUUUCUAUCAGGUCUAUCUGGACUCUGCUGCCAUGGCUCGGGCCGAGUAG